AAAACAUAAAACGAAGAAGAGAGGGUACGCGUCGCUCGCGCAGCCAUGUCAACGCUCGAGUGUUUUGUUUAUGAACUCUCGCUACUCUUGGCCGAAUAAAUCACACGUAGACCGGGGAAACUACCGGAAAGUCGCGCCGAUAAAACAGAUACUGGGUGGUUUCGAGGUGUGUGGGGGGCGGGAAAAGAGGAACGGUCUCAGACCCCUUCCUAUACUGUAGUUAGGUGACGGUGAAAGGUGUGGUGCACUGAUUGAUUAUACUGAACCCAAGAAUCACAGAGUUACUACGGGCAGUUACGCGAGCCGGCUUUCCUUCAUUGCGCAUUUUGGCAUUAUUAUUUUAAAUAUCCGAAGUGCAUUUCUGACCGGCUUUAGACGUCAGCUGGUCAUUUGACCGGCAGGUCGUUUGAGCGCCAAAAGGGACAAGCUUUUGACUUUACGUAUGACGUCACUCCCCGGCAAAGCUACGCUAACGUUAGCACGCUAACGUAGCUAGCUAAAUGACAGACUUCGGGGAUGCCUGCAGGUGGGAGUACCUGGACAGCGACCCAGGACGGACCGGAAGAUACAUUUGAUAAGCCCAAUAAAAAAAAGUCCAAGAAGAAAAACCCCGAAAACAAAGAGAGCAUUGUGCUUCAGACUCUCAAGAACCUCCAUCUCAGGAAGGACGGCGAGUCAGAUGACGACGAUGCGCAUCAUCCGCAACACGACGACAACCAAUGUGAAACAGCCACAAACGUUAACAACGACGAGGUUACUCCGCCAUCGAAAGCCAAGAGGAAGACUAAGAGGGAACUUCCCAGCCGGCCUUUGCCCGACAACGUCGCCGGCUCAGAAGCGGAUGGCGUACAGAAGGAGGCGAGACGCGGGAGUAAGAAAGGCAAACGGAAAGAGGACGCCAAGGGAGAUGAUGACAAGGACGGUGAGGACCUGCUGCGGGAGUAUCAGCAGCAGAUGGCGCCAGAAGCUGAAGAGCCACAAGGGAGUGAGGACGUAGGGAAGAAGAAAAAAAAGAAGAAACUGAAAUCUGCCGCCUCCGAGUCAGAUGUUGGGGAUCAUGACCAGGACGGUGAUGUGGAAAGUGACUCCAAGGAGAGGAAGAAGAAGAAGAAGAAAAAGUCAACAGCCGAGGUGCCGAAGAAGCCUGACCUCGAUGGAAAUGACGGCCUGGUGCUGGGGGUCUAUGUGCACCGGACAGAUGGCCUCAAGACGGACUUGCGCGUCUCGCAUCCCAUGGUGAAGGUCCACGUGGUGGAUGACCUGACGGGCCAGUACGUCAAGAAGGAAGACAGCCAUCGCCCCGUGUCGUCGUUUUACGAGCGAGACACGGUGGAGCACAUCCUACCCAUCAUGACGCAGCCAUUUGACUUCAAGAAGAACAAGUCGGUCGUCCCCGAGUGGAAGGAGCAGAUCAUCUUCAACGAGCCCUUUGCGCACUUUGUCGGCCGGGAUCCCGAGAGCCCGAAAGUUGUCCUCUUCUUUGAGAUCCUGGACUUUCUUACCAUGGAGGAAGCCAAAGCCAACGUUGAUGUUGCCACCCCUGAACGAGGAUUCAGAAAGAUCGCGUGGGCUUUCCUGAAGCCAGUUGGCGCCAACGGCGUGCUGAACACGGGCAGCAAAAUCCGCCUGCAGCUCUACUGCCCGCCCACGUCGGCCAGAAGGCAGCCUCGCACCAUCGAGGUGCUGGAGUGGUGGCGGCAUUACCCGCGCAUCAAAUACGCGUCCACCCUCUAUGUCACAGUGAAAGGCAUCAGACUACCUCGGCACGUGGACCCCAGCGUGCGUUCCAUGAUGGCGCUGCAGGAGGAGCGAGGCAGCACCUCCUACAGCGAGCUGCAGGACGUCGCCACCAAAAGGACGUCCACGCCCAACGUGGAAGGGAAGGGCGCUCCAGCGUUGAAGUGGAGCAGAAUACCCGGCCAGGUGUGUCGGAUUCCCAACAAGCCCAUGCUGGCCUUCCGCGGAGGUCAAAUGGGCUGCCUGACGGUGCUCUUCUCUCACGCCGGGACGCUUCUCGCCGCCGCGUGCGCCGACAGGGAUUUGUUCCCCGUUGUAGUGUUUGAGAUUCCCUCCGGGAAAGCCUUGGCUGCCUUCACCGGCCAUCUUAAAAUCGUGUACGAACUCUGCUGGUCCGCCGACGACAGACGUCUUUUGUCCGUCUCGUCCGACGGAACCGUCAGGGAGUGGGAUGUGGAGCAGUUCCUCCCGACGGCACGGAAGGUUCUGCCGCACCCUUCCUUCGUGUACUCGGCCCGGUACCAUCCGGCGGCGCAGCAUCUGGUGAUCAGCGGCGGCUACGACGGCGUCCUCCGAGCGUGGAGGCUCGACGUCGACGACAUCAACGGCCUGCUCCUGCGCGAGUUUGAGGCCCACGGCGGUUUCGUCAACAGCAUUUGCUUUGACGCCGAAGGACACAGGAUGUUCUCGGCGGACAGCGUGGGAAGCGUCAUCAUGUGGAAGACUUCGCUCGGCGAUGGCGAGCAGCAGCCUUGGCAUCACUGGUGUGUGGAGAAGAUUCACGCCGAGGCUGACCUCAAGGGGAUCCCCAUCAACAUGCUGCAGGUACAUCCGACCGGCCGCUGCCUCCUCAUUCAUGCCAAAGACAACGUCCUCAGGAGCUUGGAUCUGAGAGUCAUGACAAUGAAAAAGUUCACGGGAGCCACCAACCAGCGCGAGAGGCUCAACAGCACCUUCACGCCGUGCGGCAGUUUCAUCUUCUCCGGCAGCGAGGACGGCAUGGCGUACGUUUGGAACGCGGAAUCCGGCGACCAGGUCGCCGUGUACUCGGAGCUUUGCUACAGCUCGCCCUUGUGCGGGGUGUCUUUCCACCCUCACGAGAACAUGGUGGCCUUCUGCGCCUUUGGGGAGAGCCAGCCCGUGCAACUUUACCUUCAUGACCGCAAAGUGUCCCAAUUGGACGCGCUCGGCAUGAAGGAGCUCAGGCCGCCGUCAAACACGCCCGAACCGGUUCACAGCACGUCGGAUUCCCUCUCGGUGGACCAGCUGAGCCAAGCUACCAGGCUGGCGUUGAAAAUGCAGCGAGUCAAAGAGCAAAUGGAUUCCGUCCUUGAUCCACAUCGCGGGUCUUCAUCUUUUGAACCAGGAAGGAGUCUUUUUUCAGACGUCAGCACGAUGAGAUCCAACGCCUCACUCCCUCCUCUCCUGGGCGGCUUCAGUCCAGUCGGGCUACAUCGGAAGGGAACGUCGUCGUCGAGGCUUCACAUGUCGCUUCCGAGCUAUGAGCCUCCUGCGGACUCGUCUCACCACGUGGUGGUGUCGCUGUAUGACUACAAGGCCAGCCGCUCGGACGAGCUGACGUUGCGCCGCGGCGACGAGAUCCGCGUGCUGUAUAAGGAUAAUGACAAUUGGUGGUUCGGGAGCCUGGCGGACGGGCAGCAGGGUUACUUUCUCGUCGCCUACGUCGCUGAUCCGAGAGACUCCGGCGAAGAGGCGGCGGCGGCGGACGCGGCCGUUGAGAGGAUGACAUCGACCAGGAUUUCCACUGCGACGACGACUCCCGGGGAACUGCGCUUUCUCUCUGAGCCCGCCCUAACCGACACCGAGCCCGAGUUGUUGGAAGCCAAACUUCAAAAGAAAAAGAAAGUGAAGAAAAAUGCCGAAAGGCGACCGCCGCCACCACUGCCCGUGUCAUCUCAGGACACGUUUUCCAACCCGGAUGUCGGAACAGAGUCGGCAGACAAAGUCCGACCCAGUCGCCGUCCGCUUCCGAAGAGACCGACCAAGAAGCCCGGUGCUGCUGUGCGACUCGACCCAUGACGGAAGGCCAAGCCUCCUUGGAUGGCGGCUGCCCACUCGAAGCUCAGCCGCUGUGUGAUGACGCCGCCCAUGGUGGGCCCGUAAAACAUCCUGGAAACGGGGCACAAGCACAUUUCUGGAUGUUUUUUUUUUUUAAUCAGACCUGACAAAACAGGCUUCUGUGUACACUGAAACCUCGCAUAUUUUUGCCAAUCGUGUGGAUUUUAAUGCUUUUUCAUGACAUCUCAGAUUUGUUUUUAGUUUUUUUUCCAUUGCCCAGGCCCGGCUAAUUUCCUGACUAAACGGGCAGCUGUAUAAAAUUGAAGCUUUAUGAGGUUUGCCGUGAUGUGGAUUUUUUAAAUUCAGACGUUGAACUCAGUGUGGUGUGUCGUCGGCAAAGAAAAUUAGCCAAUCGUGUGGACUUUUAACACUGACACGUUGCUUUCCCCCAUCGUGGACAGACCCGACUAGUUUACUUGCUAUAUGGACUGUUGUGUAAAUUUGAAGCCUUUAAUGGCCUGAUUCCAAACUCGAUUGAUCUGAUCCGAUUAGUUUACGGGCUAAUCAGGCUCCUGGUUCUGUAUAAAUGGAACGCAUGGUGAAUGUUGACGAUCAUAUGGAUUGUUCGUGCUCCCACGUCACGAUUACGCAAUUCUACCUCUAAUGAUCAAACCCGACUAGUUUGCCAAUUCUUUCAUAAUUUGAAUGUAUUCUUUUUUUCCACGCUCUGCACCUUGCGUUACCCAUUUCCCAAUCGACCCCAUUCGUUGUACUAGACUCACCCCAUAGACCAAACGGCUCCGAAUAAGCCCGACACCAUUCCGAGAGUGCUCAGUCCCUCCUCAAAACCGUUGUCACUGCAAGAGAGAAGGAACACGGGGCAAUCAAAGAACGACCUUCCCUCAACCUUGGCAGUGUAAAAACUGUGAAAAUGAUGCCCCCGGCCACUGACUAGGCGC